AUGAAAGCUGGAUUUAAGGGUCCACACCAUGGUCAGCUAACCCAAGGGUACAAUGCAACCCAGCAACAGCAGCAACCCCCCCACCACCACCAUCACCAGCAGCAACAACAGGUGUACAGGCAAAAACUUCACCACCAACAACCGCAACAAGCAACACCGCUUACAUCGUCUUCACCAUCUUAUGGUACCCCCACAAAAGCCCACCCAGAUACUACUUUCAGGGCUAAGAUCCAGUCUCAGCCCUCACCAACCUUUGCUUCGUCCAAAACUUCACAUGUGAACCAACAGCAACAGAGACCGUCUUCGUCAACAACAAAUGACGUUGCCCAGACAUCAAAUGCUAACAAUAUCCAACCAUCUGUGAUGUACCCUCUUUCAAAGAUACAACAUACACCGUUCCUUGGCAAAGCACCUCAAAAUCAAUCAAUGAUGUCUCCCUUUGGAUCACCCGCAGUGGUCCCACAUCCUAAUUCCGCCCAACAGGUUCUAAGCAAUUUGCAAAUGCAGUCUUUUCCCAACGUUGCUACUUCCAGCAAUAAUGAUGUACCGAAAUCUAUCAGUUCAGCAGAUAUGACAGGACUUCAAGACAGCACGAGAACAAACACAUCGGCUACUAACAAUACAACGGGCAAUCAACUGCUGGUCAAUAAACCUUAUCAGUGUACGUCGUGUCCAAAACAGUUUGCCCGCCGAGAUACGUUACAGAUCCACACCAGAACUCAUACAGGUAUUCGACCAUAUGCCUGCGAGUUUUGUUCGAAGACGUUUACACAGCGAGACAAACUGCAAAUUCACCGCAGGACACACACCAAUGAACGGCCAUACCCUUGCACCCUUUGCCCAAAGAGAUUCUCUCGCGGCGAUAAGCUGAAACUGCACCUGCGCACCCAUUCGGGGGAGAAGCCAUUUGCUUGCGACCUCUGCCCCAAAAAGUUUGCACAAAGAGACAAACUGAAAAUCCAUGCACGUGUACACACGGGCGAAAAGCCCUACGCGUGUGAUGGCUGUCCAAAAAGCUUCGCCCGACGGGACAAGUUACAAAUACAUCGCGCCUCUGUACACUCAGGCGUUCGACCCCAUGUUUGUAGCGAGUGUUCCCGCUCCUUCUCCCAGCGGGACAAACUCCGACUGCACAUGCGGACUCACACAGGUGAACGACCGUUUGCCUGCCAUCUGUGUCCGAAAAGAUUUGCCCGAAGUGACACCCUUCAUGUCCACUUGCGUGUGCACUCGGGUAUUCGCCCGCACGCGUGCGACGUGUGUGGUCGCCGCUUUUCGCAGCGGGAUAAACUCAAGGUGCACCAGCGGACCCACACGGCGGAGAGGCCGUAUCGUUGCAGUAUAUGCAUCCAGCGAUUCGCCCGAAAAGAUACUCUACGCGUGCACGAGCGUACCCACUCGGGCGCACGACCUUAUGUGUGCCCUGUGUGUGAGACUUCGUCAGACAGCGAAUUAUGGAAUGCUGACAAAGCAGUUUCCUCUCUCUCUUUCUCUCUCUCUCUCUCUCUCUCUCUCUUUCUAUCUAUCUAUCUUUUUCUCUCUCUAUCUCUCUAUAUAUAUAUCUGUCUUUCUCUAUAUCUUUCUCUCCCUCUUUAUCUCUAUCUUUCUCUCUAUAUAUCUUUCUCUCUUCCCCCCUCUCUCUCUCGUCACAUAAAGACUUUCGAUUCUUCCACUUUUGAAUUUUGUCACGGGACUCUACUCAGUUUUAUCUGUUUGUCUGAAACAAGGCGUGAGUCAGGAGUUACCUGUGUCAGCAAAUCACAUGGGAAUCGGCGAAGUGAUCGUCUCCCUCUUGGUGAAGCACAUCUCUGCCACAGCUGCUAUUGCUAA